UUUACAACUCUGUCGACACCGGAUGCGACAAGUGUCGCGACGCAACAGCUUCCUUAAUACUAAGAAUACAAAGUUCAAACGUCCAUUUGUUGUUUAAUCUGCAUUUCAGUGUACUUUUGAAAACUUAAACGAUCCAAACAAAAAACGAGCGUCACGCCAUUGACCCACAUACAGGUGGUCUAGAUUAAUAUGUUGAUUACACUCGCUGCUUUUUCGUGCGAAAUUGGUGCACGUGUGAGGUAAACGGCAAACUGGCUAUGUCUUUCGAACUAAAAACAUUCAUUUCAGUUUUAAUGUUAUCAGAAAUAGCACUUAAUAUCAACUGUCGGUCUUUUAGCGCUACGCCUGAGCGGGAAGGCGUUAUUCAUUCCGGAGAAAGUCGUUUCAGUAAAGCGUUGUACAAUUAUGGCCCAAAGACUGUAUUUUCACGACAAUACCAAAGCGGUGCGUUGGAUCUCCAAGCGUCGAGUUCGAAUGUAAAGCGCUUUCGACGCGCGAGUUCAAAACAUGCGGAUUUUCCCUAUAGAAAUAAGAAUGAAACCCUGCCUCUGCCGUCGAAUAAACACGUGAAUGAAUUUCGAUCCAACUAUAGUGCAUAUAUACUUCCUGCAACUGAAAACACUACUCUCACAAAUUUUCACAAAAGAGCUUUUGAAAUUGAAGAUGGUUUUCAAAGCGACGACUCAGCAUUUAGGAGAGAAGCAGUCUCUGGGAAAAUGUAUGUUCCUCAAAGUGGGUCUAGCUCCCAAUCCAAAUCUUUGUGGCUGGUAGUACCCAUGGUACACUGUUCAGAAGCGGUAAUGACAUUAACAGCUGCUGGAAGAGAAUACACACACAUCUUCGUGAAAAGAGCGGAUGCAGCCCCACUGCCUUUAUUCCAGGUGCCUGCAUAUUGUGGUUAUUCUGUCAGGGUCACAUGGGAAGAUCUGGUCCUAAUGGCCCCGUAUGAUGGGUGCUACAUCACACAAGAGAAUGGCAGUUAUGUGCUUUCACUGCUGUGGUGGGACAGUCCCAUAAAGAUAUCCUGUCCUGUGACGCCCGUGAUCUCACUACCGUCUCCUUCUGUCCUGUGCUCUCAAUCUGGCAUGGUCAUCGCAAUAGAAGGUGCCCAAGAAGCUGCAGAUAAACACAAGGUUAAAGUGAAUGGGAAAAUACUGCCUCUUCUUUCUGAGACAUGUGCGUAUCGCCUACAUUCUCCGUCUGACAUUGUGCUACUUCAUACUGUUUUCAGCUCAAGAUGUGUGACUGUUAAGGAUGAAGAAAACACUCUUGUCAUCAUCUUGGAUGGAAAGCAGUUCACCCUCUCUUGUCCAUUUCCUCCCUACCUGUCUCAGUCUCUUCCUUACCUUAAUUUUUAUCCAUUUCAUCAACUACUACAGCCCAAUCAAGAGCUAGUGCCUUUUAUCCCACAUCUUCCUGUUUUACCCCAAUACCCCAUCAUGCCCCCUCCACAAUAUUCACCGUACCCUGUAUCCUGUCCCCCUUAUCCCGAGAGAUUCUGUUCUCAGUCCCCAUACCAUCAUCCCUCCCCCGCCAUGACCACUGCUCCCAAACCAACCAUCCAGCCAUUGCCAUGGACAUCAUUUCCUCAACCCACAUACAAUCCUCGGACCCUUCCGGUUACGCAGUCGACCCUGCUCCCUCAGCUACCUGUCUUUUCUCCAACUCCUCCUGCUCAGACCCUCAAGAUGUCUCCAUCUCUUAAUUGCAUGAGCAAUAAAUUAAUUGUAACUUUGCCCUUAGCAAGAGCGGACUCCAUUAAAGUCAAAGAUGCGAGCACAAAUACUUGGAUCUCCAUUGCGUCUGUCCCUGUAGACUGUAAUUACACACUUCACUCCAGAGGUGGCAGUGUAGUGCUCUCUUCACCACUGCCUUCCUGCCACACACAAAAAAUGUCCUCCACAGUGAUCUAUCUAACCGUCAGGUUCUGGGAUCUCUCUCAACUGCGAUACCGAACCCUACAGCUUCAGUGUCACCACACCGGAGAUAUAGGCACACAACCUACAGUACCUCCUACUACAAUCGAACCUUUGCACCAAAGUAUUCCUCACCUUACACCCACACCCACACUCGCACGCCCACCCCCUGAAUUUCAGCUGCUGUGUUCUAGCCAGCAUAUGAGCAUAAAACUGCCACCUGGACCAACAUCUGGCAUCUUUGUACAAGCCCCCAAUGGGACAAACACAGAAGCGGUUCCUAUUUUGGAGGCCCCAAGUCAUUGUGGGUACUCUGUAAAAAGGGGCAAAGAUGGUACCAUCAAUAUCCUACUGCCUUACUCUUCCUGUCACAUGACUCAGAAGGACGGGCUGUUCAGAAUUAUAUUAAAAUAUCAGAUGCCAAAGAGGCGCACAGUUGAGUCAAUGCUGGAGUGUCAGGCGUUUAUUAGUCAAGAGUGCAACGUUGCAGCUGAUCAGCAGCUGGUCUGUGGAUCUGGGCCGUUAUCAUCAUCAGAGUGCCAUGAUAGAGGCUGCUGUUAUUCUACAGACUCCCAGUCAUGUUAUUACCCCAUGGACGAAUGCACGAUGGAUAGGCAUUUUGUUUUCUUGGUGCACUCAUCCGCCGCUGAUCCACCUCUAUCCCCCGCCAGCCUCGUCACAGCUGGUGACAACUCCUGCACACCCCAGAAAGUGACUGCUGACAUUGCCCUCUUCAAGAUCCCUCUGGAUGAAUGUGGGGUGCACAGAUUUGAGGUGGGUAAGAUGGUCAUAUAUAUGGUGGAGAUCCUGAAUAAAGUGCAGCCCCUCAGUCUGAAUUAUGGCACCAUCACUAGAGAGUCACCUGUAAGGCUACUGGUUGAGUGUCGCUAUUCACCCGGAUCUGUGGUAAGUGUGGGUUAUCUGGUGAAAAGCCCCUCUCUUGGACCGUCUAUCAAAGCUCAGGGGGUGUUUGGAGUUCAGCUCAGAAUCGCAAAAGAUGAACACUACAACGAUUAUUACCCACAAUACCACCAGCCCCUGCAUAUGCUGCUGGGGAGACCCCUUUACCUGGAAGUGCGUCUGUUAAAUCCUCCAGAUCCCACUGCUAUGCUGCUGGUGCAUUACUGUGUUGCGUACCCACGCUCUGCCAAAUCUGCCUGGAUCCUUAUUUAUGAUGGGUGCCCAAAUUUCCUUGACCAGACCCCAACCCACAAGCCUCCUCCUACUCCGGCCGAGGCCCUGAUCAAUCAUGUUAGACGAUUCACAAUCACUACAUUCCAGUUCCUGUCUGAAGAUGCCAAUGUGCAGACAGACGAGGAGAUUUAUUUUAUGUGUUCGACUGAGGUUUGUCUGCCCUCAGAUGGUCCAUGUGUUGAGGGCUGCUUUGUGGGUGAGUGUCAGCCGUUGCACUUCAUUCCCACAGUAUGCAAUUACAGCCACAGUUUAUGGUUUAUAAAUCUGACUCAUAUCUACUACAGUCUUACUUAGAGCACCUGUUUUACAAUCAUUUGUACAUUUUUACUGGUUGCAUUUCAUUCACCUUCACUUUUUCCAGAUCCCAUUAACACGAAGCCCUGAGAGAAGGCUGAUGAGCUGGAUGAAGCCCAGCUAAUAAAUCCAUUGUUCUUUUUGUUUUGACAGAUGCACGCUCUUUAUAGCAAUUCCAAAACAAUAAAGCUUUGAAAGCCA